UCAGGCGGCGGCCCCGGCCCUGCCUGGGUGAUGUCAGCGGAUCAGCUGCUCUAUAACAAAGCGGAGCGAGCCCGGCGCCCGCCCACACGCCGCGGUCGGGCUGCGCGGAGCCGUUCGCUCCGCGGGCUCUAGGGGGAGACAGGGCGGGAGAGCGCGGCCCCAGCGGCCAGCCCCGGCGCCCAGCGGCCCCAGCGCCCAGCGGCCCCGGCCAUGGACAGCGAUGAGGACACGCUGGAGGAGACCGUGGAAGGGCUUCUGGAUGAUGAUGGGUUGCCACAUGGAUUCUGUACAGUCACCUAUUCGUCCACAGACAGAUUUGAGGGAAACUUUGUGCAUGGAGAAAAGAACGGCCGUGGCAAGUUCUUCUUUUUUGAUGGAAGCACACUGGAAGGGUAUUAUGUCGAUGAUGCUCUCCAAGGCCAGGGACUCUACACUUAUGAGGAUGGAGGGGUUCUUCAUGGCACACAUGUGGAUGGAGAACUUAAUGGACCUGCCCAGGAAUAUGACAUCGAUGGACGACUGAUAUUCAAAGGGCAGUACAAAGAUAAUAUUCGACAUGGCGUGUGUUGGAUAUAUUACGUGGAUGGAGGCAGCCUUGUAGGAGAAGUGAAUGAAGAAGGGGAGAUGACGGGGGAAAAAAUAGCCUAUGUGUACCCUGAUGAGAAGACUGCAUAUUAUGGAAGGUUCAUAGAUGGAGAAAUGAUAGAAGCAAAACUGGCAACUCUUACAUCUGUAGAGGAGGGAAAGCCACACUUUGAACUGAUACCAGGCAGCCCCGUAUACAGUUUUGAUAAAUCUACUUCAUCUUGCAUUUCUACAAAUGCACUUCUUCCUGAUCCUUACGAGUCAGAGAGGGUGUAUGUUGAUGCAUCUCUCAUUUCCAGUGCUGGUGAAGGAUUAUUUUCUAAAAUAGCAGCAGGAUCACACACGGUUAUGUCCUUUUAUAAUGGAGUGCGAAUUACACACCAGGAGGUGGACAGCAGAGACUGGGCGCUCAAUGAAAACACAAUAGCCCUGGAUGAUGAAACAGUCAUAGAUGUGCCAGAGCCUUACAACCACGCCACCAAGUAUUGUGCCUCACUGGGGCAUAAGGCCAACCACUCCUUCACUCCUAAUUGCAUCUAUGACCCGUUUGUUCAUCCUCGUUUUGGCCCAGUCAAGUGUAUACGCACCAUCAGGGCUGUGGAGAAGGAUGAAGAACUAACGGUGGCUUAUGGAUAUGAUCACAAUCCCAUCGGGCAGAAUGGGCCAGAAGCACCAGAAUGGUACCAGGUGGAACUGAAAGCCUUCCAGGCUGCCCAGCAGAAGUGAAAUGCAGGAAAAUUCUCAGUUCAGCAAACUGAAAUAGAAAAUUUGAUCUAUGCACUACCUUUAUACUGAAAACUGGACAACCAGGGAUUUGUUCAUGCUGUUGCAUCAUAACCUCUCAUUCAGUGUUAAAAACCAGUUUCUUGCAUACUAACUAGGUUUGUGUUAUUCAUAGCAGAUUUUAAAUUAGCUAGUGUUGCACCAGUCUUAUCUGAAAGAAUUAUUAAAUAUUCUAUACAAGGCAGUGUGAUAUUUUUAGUAGCUUUUAUCUAAUUCUGCACCAUAUGCAAAGAUGCCAAAAGGUUAGACCGAAAAUGAAAAGAUCAUUCACUUUUAGUCAGCAGACUUCAGUGUUACUAUUUCUACGGCCUAGGCAUUACUGUGCGACUGCAUUUUUACAUACAUGCCAUUUGUGAUUAUGAUGAUAUUUUGAUAUUCUCUAAUAGUGUAAUUUGCCUUUUUAAACCUUUGAUCUUAAUCUUGCAAUAGAGCAGUUUAUUUAUUGGUGUAUGGGAGGCUGGGUUUUUAAUUCCCUGGUCCUCUUAUCUGAGCGUUGUUCUUUCUACAAGUCCUCUCUUGCAGGAGAAAACCUUUCUAACAAGUGAAAAAGGUUUGUGUACUUGAAGAGAGUGCUGUGUAUAGAUCUUUGUGGCGUUUUAUAUAAAUAGUUUUAGUGAUGUUCAUGUCCAAAACAAAUACUUGUUUGGCCUUUGGGGCUGGGAUACACUGUUUAAUUAUGAUCGCACAUGAAUUAACAUGUAUUUGCAUGAAGAUGUUUGAAGAUGAGAAAGUGGGGUUUGAUUUUAUUAUUAUUUUUAAGAUUGACAUUCAGGAACAAGGGUGCUGGAACUAUUUUGUGGGGUGCGGAGAGCCAUCGUACCAAACUGUAAACCAUCUAUAUGAUGGACAACACUUUAAGCCAGCACCCUUACUUCCAGCACCUAUGUUCGGGGGGGGGGGGGGGGAGGAAGCAUUGGAUGUUGUCUGCGGGACUUCUUUUUUCUAUGUCUCACUUACCAGAGCUACUAAUUCUUAAGGCUGAAUUCUGUCUUUGAAUGCAUAUUUCUCUUUUGAAGUCAGUAGAAGUGUAUGCAUCUGCAGGCAGAAGGUAGUCCUGGGUUAGUAUAGAGGGUCACCGUCUCCACUGGUGUAACAUCUGCAGAGAAUAUGGUCAAUACUGGUCUUGUUCAUUUUGAGGCAUAGUAAAUGAGUUUAGUGAUAGGUGACAUACUAAGAUUCAAAUAGCAACUGCAAAAGGGGUUUUACUGAAAGACUGAAACAAUUAAUGUAAAAACAUCAGUCGCUAUUGUUAAGAGACAUUUAGAAAAUGUCAACUUCUCUUGUUUAUAGAUCUACUUCAGCAGAUAACGGGCUCCUGAACAUUCAUCUGGAAAUUAACAAGUCUUGCCUAAUGUUGUAGCAGAGAUUAAUAAAGCCACCAUUUCAGUUUAGAUAAUCCGGGCCUUCUUGGGGAUCUACAAUUAUGUUGACCUUUUUGUUUGGGGGUUUUAAGUAAUUCAGGAACAGUUAAAAUGCAUUUUCAAUAUGCUUAUGUUUAAAUGAGUAUAGAAUUGUGUGUGUGUGUGUGACAUACAAAAAUUUUUGGGAAAAUUAGACCUAAAUUUCAACAACAGCAGUAGCAUCUUUGAUCUAUUGCUUUAAGAGUUGAGAGCUACUCAUCCAGUUUUCUUGGAUCUGAAAACUAGUAUGAAUACAGGUUUCCAAUUCAAAUAGAGAAAAGCAUGUGACAGUAUAGAACUAGAUGUUUUUAGAAAAUGCAUUGGAUGGACCAAAGACACAGAAGAAUGAUGUUGCUAUUUUAUGCUGUGAGGAUCCUCAAUGUGAUGUACAUACAAAGUUAGGGAAUUUUAAGUAAGGCCCUCUUUAAUUUGGGGUUCUAUUUAUUUAGCUCAUACAAUUGUUGAUCACAAAGCCUUUUCAGGACUUUGACAUUUAGGCUUGCACAGAAGCUAAUCUUCAGUUUGUGGGUCUAUGCCCUGGGUUCCAUGGUACUCUCCCAGCAAAGAUCAGAAUGCAGGCUUUUUCAACACCCACUCCUUCACUCUGGAGACUGUAGCCACAUUGGUGUUUCUUCAUAUAUGGCAGGUAGCCUACACAGAUGAUAUUUUGGUGACUCAGCUUGAGUAUGCUGAGACCAAACUGAUCCUCACGCAUAGUGGAGAGUUGUCAAAGGCUGACUGACAAUAACACUUCAGCAGAUGAUUCUCAAAAGGAAAUAUGAAUGUUAGAACUAUUCCUGCCUCCACACAAAUCAACAUUUUAAGAGCAUCGCAAUGUUGAGGCGUAACUGCUGCUUUAUUAGAGGCAUGUCUUCCUUUAAACUGUUGAAAGGAUCUUGAAAAUUUGGGUUGUGUUUCAAUGGGGAACAGAAAUUGUCUGGCUGAACUCCUGCUAUGAAUGAAUAGCAAACUGAUUUGACUUACUCUAGGUAAUUGUCCAUAGGGAGGCUGCUUACAUUUCCAUGUCACUUGGAAAAUCUUGUAUAAGGUGUUCUGUCUGCUACAGUCCUCUUGCUUCACUUUGAUUCCUGCCUCUGCUGUCUCCCAUGAACUUCGUUCAUGGAGGUGAUCUGUUUCCUUUUUUAAGGCAAACAUUAGACAAAUGCUUUCUGCUGCUUUCAGACUUGAUUGUUGUAGUGCAAAAAUAGAGAAUUAAGCCCUCAGGUUGCCAAAAUAAUGGUCUUAAUUGUGGUUUGUUUGUUUGUUUGUUUUUCUAAAGCCAUUCAUUUUGGUGUUGGGCAAGUAUAUUAUCAAGUACUGAUUUGAGUAUAUUGAAGUCUGAGAAUUUGCCAUAAUCAUGAUAAGCAAAAGCCUAGUAUCUCUCUUCACAUUGCUAUACUAUUUCUCCCUGCUCCAUUAGAAUCUGUUGAUCCUCCUGCUGGUUCUUCCCCAAUUACACAUAACAUUAACUUCUUUGUUUGAGUCAGGUCUGAUUCUUUUUCAUUUCUCCUGUGGGCUCUCGGGGACUGGAAAUAGCUGGUGUGAAUAUCCAUUUCUUUUACAGGGACACUGACUUUGGUUUGAAAUGCAGUCUGAUAUAUUCAUUUGUUUCAAUGGCCUUGUUGGCUCAGUAACCUUUGAUUGUUCAGAAUUACAUGGGUAGCCUGCAGUUUAACUUAUUAAUCCAUUCUAGACCUUGCAGAUAAACUUGUGGAACCUUCAGGUAAAAUAUUUUUGUGGAAUGAGUUGUGAGUAGUGGCACUUAAGAGACCUAUACAGAAAAUUUCUCUCUGGUUCUAGGCAAGUAGUCUUUAUGUAAAGUGACCCACAGGAGAAUGGAUACAUUUACUGGGUUGCUAAUAUGUAAAUAAACCAAAAUCGAAAUAGUUAGAUUCACAUGAGGACAGCAAACUCUUGUGCUCAGAGCCUGGCAAAGACAUGUCCUAUUACAAGAAAUUGAAGGCAAAUGAACUACAGAUAGGGACACAUGCUGUCCAGGGAACACUGCUUGACUACAUGGCAUAGUAUUCUUUAUUCCUGGAGGAUGGCACGCAGAAUAUGUAGUCCCCUCCUAGAUUCUCACUGUGAUUUGGGUGUGACUCCAAUUCCAGCCUCCUUGUUUGUAUCGGGGUCUGCAAAAUCUUCCCAUAAAUAAGUCUCUGUAAUAAGAUGAUUGCCCCAGCUCCUCCUUAUGAAGGAGCAGCACAUAAAGCAGUUUGCAAAUCAGUCCUCGACCUAAAUACUAUGGUGGUUUGUGCCCUAGAUCGCCUUUCUUUCUGCUAGGUAAUCUGGCUAGGACCUAGCACUGCCAAGACAGCAGCUUGUCAUUGUAGUCAGGAAUCCAGUAGUUUAUGGAGAGCUAACAUCAAGUCUCUCAUGAAACUAGAGAAAUCGAGGUUGAUUUCAACCUGAGGUUGCUGAAAGACCUAGUAUUGUAGAAGAGCUGAAGCAGCAUGAGAAGAAGGGCUCUGAACUGUAAUGUUAGCUGCUAGGUGUAUUUUGUGGACAUCAGGAACAGGGAAAUGGGAUUAGGCUGUUUUCUUAGUCAUGCUCAACACACCAUGCCUUUUAAGGAUUCUAAGGGGUUUCCACAAGAUUCUGAUGCCAUAAUUUGCCCACCUUGCAUCCCUGUAUCUGUUGAACCUCCCUCUGGUUUUGGCCAUUUUAACUACAAAUCUGAAGAGGGUGUCACACUGAGCUUUGCUCAAGUUAAGAGGAAUUAAUCCACAAAAGUCAACAUGACAAAUCUGAGCUGGGAUAAUUUUGGAAAAUCAAAAUCAUGUUGGAGCUGGGUUUUGCUCACCAUUAGUCAAUCUGAGUGGAAAGUGGAAUGGGUUAGAAAGAUUUGACUACAUGAAUUCUCUACUUCAUUCUGCCUUUCUGAAGUUCUGAUCUACUUUUAACUGCUCACUGGUGAAACAGACAGUCAAAAGAUCAUCUGGGACCUUGCUUUGAUGAUGAUCUCCACCUCUAUGAUGAUCUGUGGUGUGAGAACCUAGACAUUUGGAGUGAAUGGAGUUUUAAGCCUUAAAAGGCUAAAAUUAAAGGGGAGACUACCAUUAUACAAUCCCAAACAAGGGAUCAGAGCCGCAAUAAUGUUGCUGUGUUCACACAGGAACAAGAGAACUCAGCAGGCCUGCCAGGGGGAUCCACAACCACCACGUGCUUCAGGCACAGAAUAGCCAGUGCACCUAGUUUGCUUCUAGCUACCACUGGAUGUCUAUGGUAGAGGUAGAUGUAGCCCAUCUGCUUCCCUUUUCCAUUGGCUUUGGACCCUACUGAUUCAUACAGUGUGGUCCCAGCUGCUGUUUGUGGGUGUCACUUAUAUUGCAGUAGAACCCGAAAAUGCCAAUCAGGAUUGCAGCCCCAUUGCACUAGUGGCUGUAUUAAAACACAAGAAGGCAUUAUCUCUGCCUUGAAAAGCUUCCGAUUUUGACCACUUUCACUUGACUUGACAUCCCCUUGGAGAGGACAUUGGUGGUGGUCAGAGGUACGGGAUUCCUCAGAUCAGAUUCUUCGUGGCUUUAUUUCAUCUGCACAACAGAUGUAUCCUAAAGCUUUCUGCCCAUACAUGCCUCUGGAGGCCACCUCUCAAUUUGGUCCAAUGGUACCAGAUAACUUUAUUU